ACGCCCAUUAUUGCAAAGACGCUAUUAGCUUGGAAAGGCCCUCGGGAAAGUAAUUGUUAGCUAGCUAGGUACGUACGUAUGGCCUUCUCAAGACUUGCUCUAAGCCUACUACUAGGACUGACGGGUGUCUGUUGGAUGGGUGCAUGCACAAACACUGACUCGACUGGCAGAUUCCAAUGAGCCCCCUGGCACUGACCACACUGGAGAGAUCAUCUCAUUCUCUGCUGUUGGAUCAGGAGCUACUGGUCUACCACGCCCCUGGGUUUGCUACACCUUAGACACUGGUAGUGUAUUGUGGCUGUUCCCCAAUGGGAGUGCAUUGCCCAUAUACCAAAGUAGAUUGGUGGCAGUUCAGGACGAAGUGUUCAUCAGAGUUGUUCUUAAUUUUGGCGUUGUUCUGUAUCGUGGUCCCACACACUUCAGUCCUGAUGGAGAACACUGCUGUGUGAGGACUAACACCGAUGAGAGUAAAUGUGUCACCUUCACUCCCUGCCCCACACUGAAUCCCGUGUCUAAUGGAAUGAUCUCAUACGAUGCAGACACCAACAUGGCCACCUACACCUGUGACCCUGGGUACGCUGUGACGACCAUCUCAUCCAUCACCUGUAAUGAUGUCACAAUGCUGUGGAGUAGCACUGUGAGACCCACUUGUGAACUCAGCACCACUACCUGCUCUGACUUACCUGCUCCAACCAAUGGAAUGAUUGGCUAUAAUGCGGAGACCAUGAAUACUAGACCAGUGAACACCGUGGCCACCUUCACAUGUAACACUGGAUACACUGUGACUGGUGAUAUGACCAGGACUUGUGGGGCUAGUGGAGUGUGGAGUGGGACUAAUCCAACAUGUACUCUUGUUGACUGUGGCCCCCUCACUGACCCCACCAAUGGAAUGAUUACUUUAUCCACUACCACGUUUGAGAGCACUGCUACCUACUCUUGUAACAGUGGCCACAAUCUGAAUGGAGACGCCACUAGGACUUGUCAGGCUAAUGGAGACUGGAGUGGCAGUGAUCCAGCUUGUGAUACCGUAUGUCUUGAGCAGCUCACCCUGGUUAAUGGAGGGAUCAGCUACAAUCCAACCUCCUUCCCCAGACUAGAGGGAGCCGUGGCUACACACAGCUGUAAUGAGGGGUAUACUGGUGGAGGCACUAGGACCUGUCAGUCUAACAGAAUGUGGAGUGGAUCAUCCCUCAUUUGUACACUGACUUGUCCAGACCUCCCUGUACCAACCAAUGGAGCACCACUUGUGUACAGUCAUCCCACCAUCCCCAGAGCUGAGAGUUCCACUACCACCUACAGCUGUGUGACUGGGUAUGACUUCAGUGGGACACUAUCAAGGACUUGUACUACCACUGGGUGGAGUGCACUAAUUGUUCUUUCAGUGGUUGAUUGUGGCUCAUUGAGUGAUCCUACCAAUGGAAGGGUCAUGACAACAGGGGGUACCAUCUACCAAAGAUUUGCUACCUACAGCUGUAACCCUGGCUACACACGGAGUGGAGAUCAGACCAGGGUUUGUCAGGCUAGUGGAGAGUGGAGUGGGUCAGAACCUGCUUGUAAUCACUCCAGAUGCUCCAACCUGUUUACAGCUCCUAGCUGUGAUCAGCCCCAGUGGUGGUCCAAUGGCUGGUCAGAGUUUCUCCCUCACUUGUUCCCUGAGUGGAGGGGCCUCUCUACAACCCACCCUCUCCUACCAGUGGACGAGGGAGGGAGGGUCACUCAUGACCAACACAGCAACCCUCAACUUUGCCUGCACAUUCAACUUGGUCUGGAGGGAAUAACAAACUGCAGAGUGUACACUGAACAAGACGCUGAUAUGAAAACAGAUGACAUCACCAAUAGUCUGACACAAGGCAUUGAAAGCCAGUGUGCCUGUGGAUUCAACUCUUCCCUCAUUUUGAAUCCCUUCAUUGUUUGUUUCGAUGACUCCCCUAGUCAUGUGACCUACCGAGCUGUGCUCACUGGAUCAGAGAGUGUAUCCACCAUACAACUGGCUAGGCUAAUGGAACAGUGGGUUGAGAAUGAUCCAAUCGUUGUGGUGCAGAGUGCAGGCCUCAGUGUGACUAACAGUUGUCCGAUUGUCAUUGCUAACCUCAAUAGUCCAGAGUGCCCUGAGGACAUCACUAAUCGGAUGCAGAUGGCUACUCCAACUUCCUCUAUGGCUACUCCAACUUCUUUCAUGGCUACUACCUCACCCACAGAGAGUGUAGUGGUCAAUGUUGGUGCAGUGGCUGGUGGGGUGGUUGCUGGAGUCUUGGCCAUUGCUGUGCUAGUACUGAUUGUAAUAGUGGUGCUGUUGUUACUAAGGCUACGGAGGUCUGGAUCCAAGGACAUGAGUGAUGAGAGGACAGGCAGUCAACCAACACAACUACCCCCAGUGGUGAUGAGUCAUCUCCCCUCCCCUGAUUACGAGGGGUUGAGCAAACUACAAGAGGAGGCUACCUAUGAGGUGGUGGACCAGCCACACCCCCCUCCUCCUGCAGACUACCCGCUCUCAGCCUCCAUACAAGUGGUGAUCAGUGGUCCAAUGGCUGGUCAGAGUUUCUCCCUCACUUGUUCCCUGAGUGGAGGGGCCUCUCUACAACCCACCCUCUCCUACCAGUGGACGAGGGAGGGAGGGUCACUCAUGACCAGCACAGCAACCCUCAACUCUCGACUGGCAGAUUCCAAUGAGCCCCCUGGCACUGACCACACUGGAGAGAUCAUCUCAUUCUCUGCUGUUGGAUCAGGAGCUACUGGUCUACCACGCCCCUGGGUUUGCUACACCUUAGACACUGGUAGUGUAUUGUGGCUGUUCCCCAAUGGGAGUGCAUUGCCCAUAUACCAAAGUAGAUUGGUGGCAGUUCAGGACGAAGUGUUCAUCAGAGUUGUUCUUAAUUUUGGCGUUGUUCCGUAUCGUGGUCCCACACACUUCAGUCCUGAUGGAGAACACUGCUGUGUGAGGACUAACACCGAUGAGAGUAAAUGUGUCACCUUCACUCCCUGCCCCACACUGAGUCCCGUGUCUAAUGGAAUGAUCUCAUACGAUGCAGACACCAACAUGGCCACCUACACCUGUGACCCUGGGUACGCUGUGACGACCAUCUCAUCCAUCACCUGUAAUGAUGUCACAAUGCUGUGGAGUAGCACUGUGAGACCCACUUGUGAACUCAGCACCACUACCUGCUCUGACUUACCUGCUCCAACCAAUGGAAUGAUUGGCUAUAAUGCGGAGACCAUGAAUACUAGACCAGUGAACACCGUGGCCACCUUCACAUGUAACACUGGAUACACUGUGACUGGUGAUAUGACCAGGACUUGUGGGGCUAGUGGAGUGUGGAGUGGGACUAAUCCAACAUGUACUCUUGUUGACUGCGGCCCCCUUACUGACCCCACCAAUGGAAUGAUUACUUUAUCCACUACCACGUUUGAGAGCACUGCUACCUACUCUUGUAACAGUGGCCACAAUCUGAAUGGAGACACCACUAGGACUUGUGAGGCUAAUGGAGACUGGAGUGGCAGUGAUCCUACUUGUGAUAUUGUUGACUGUGGCUCCCUCACUGACCCCACCAAUGGCAUGGUUGAUACACCCACUACCACCUUUGAAAGCACAGCUACCUACUCCUGUAACCCUGGCUACCAGAUGACUGGACUGAUGGUGAGGACGUGUACUGCUAGUGGAUGGAGCACUGGAGAUGACCCUGUCUGUACUGCCAUAUGUCUUGAGCAGCUCACCCUGGUUAAUGGAGGGAUCAGCUACAAUCCAACCUCAUUCCCCAGACUAGAGGGAGCCGUGGCUACACACAGCUGUAAUGAGAGGUAUACUGGUGGAGGCACUAGGACCUGCCUGUUCAACAGAAUGUGGAGUGGAUCAUCCCUCACUUGUACACUGACUUGUCCAGACCUCCUUGUACCAACCAAUGGAGCACCACUUGUGUACAGUCAUCCCACCAUCCCCAGAGAUGAGGGCUCCACUGCCACCUACAGCUGUGUGACUGGGUAUGACUUCAGUGGGACACUAUCAAGGACUUGUACUACCACUGGGUGGAGUGCACUAAUUGGUGGCACUCCUACCUGUACAGUGGUUGAUUGUGGCUCAUUGAGUGAUCCUACCAAUGGAAGAGUCACGACAUCAGGAGGUACCAUCUACCAAAGAUUUGCUACCUACAUCUGUAACACUGGCUACACACGGAGUGGAGGUCAGAUCAGGACUUGUCAGGCUAGUGGAGAGUGGAGUGGGUCAGAACCUGUGUGUAAUCCUGUUGACUGUGGACCUCCUCUGACUAUUAAUAAUGGACAAGUCAGUACAUCCCCUGGAACCACCUUUGGGAGCACUGCUACUUACACCUGUAACACUGGAUACACUCAAAAUGGACCAUCCACCAGAACAUGUCAGGCUGAUACAGUGUGGAGGGGAGAUGCACCAACUUGUGAUGCCCUGUGUCCUCGUGAGCCCCUCUCCAAUGGAAUGGUGACCUACUCACCUUCUGAUGAUCCUCCACAACCCGGAGCAGUGGCCACUUACUCUUGUGACACUGGGUAUGAACUGAGUGGUGCUAGUAUGAGGAAUUGUGUGGCUGUCAGUGGAUGGAGUACAUCUCUACCUGUUUGCAAUCCUGUUGACUGUGGACCUCUGACUAUUGCCAAUGGAGCAGUGGACACAUCCUCUGGAACCACCUUCAUGAUGACUGCUACCUACACCUGUAACACUGGAUACACUCUCAUUGGAGCAAACACUCGGACUUGUGGUGGUGAUGGACAGUGGACUCCAGAUGCUCCAACCUGUUUACGUACGCAAGUUAUUAGCAACAUCAAUUGUAUGUUUACCAUUAGCAGUCUAUAA